AUGCAGCACCACCUGUUCCUUCGGACCCUGGACGACGCCCUGGGCCUGGCACCGCCCAACUACGACAACUCCAGAUUGAAGCGCGUGCUUGACGUUGGGACUGGCACCGGAAUCUGGGCAAUCGAUUUCGCGGACGACCACCCAGAAGCGGAGGUUAUUGGCGUCGACUUGUCGCCGUCAGCGCCAGAGUUCAUUCCUCCUAACGUUAAGUUCGAGAUCGACGACAUCGAGGAGGACUGGACGUGGUCACGGCCUUUCGAUUACAUCCACAGCCGUUUCAUGAACUCGUCAAUCUCUGAUUGGAGGGCAUAUAUUCAAAAGGCAUACAAUCACCUCACACCUGGCGGAUAUUUCGAACUUCAGGAAGUCGACCUCAACCCUCGAUCAGACGACGGCACGCUCAGGCCAGAUUCUGCACUCAGCAGAUGCAUUGCAUUCAUGGGAGAGGCCUCGCUGAAACUUGGGCACUCGUAUCAAGAGGUUCAGGCUCUUGUUCCGAUGCUCGAGGAAAUCGGCUUUGUUGAUGUCAGGCUUUAUCUGUUCAAAUGGCCGAUGAAUCCCUGGCCGAAGCUUCCGAAGUACAAGGAGUUGGGACAGUUGAACCAUGAGAAUACCAUGAUUGCCAUUGAAGCUUUGACGAUGGCUCCGUUUACAAGAGGUCUUGGUUGGACAAAAGAGCAGGUUGAGGACUUUCUGGUGUACGUCAGGAGAGACUUGAGCAACCCUCAAAUCCACUCAUAUUGGGCAAUUUACGACCUUUGCGCGAGAAAGCCAACAGAGGCGGAGUUGAGAGCGCGGGGAUGGUGA